UUAGAUGGCAGUUACAAUGAAAGGAGAAUCUUAUGUUUCUUUUUCAGUGCUUUAAUUCGUGUCUAUACUUGUGUAACAUUGGUGUCUGGUGUUUGUUACUUUACUUGCUAAAACUAAAAACCGUACUUUCGCAAGUGGUAGAGUUAGAUCCCUGCUGUGCUAGGUGGGCUUCCUUUUCUUAAGCUGGUGGGCACCGGUCGUGCGGAGAGGAGGCCAUCGUGCUGUCCUUCAGAUUUGACUGGGGAGCAUUUUUGUUUUUUGCCUUUGGUUUUGUUUUGCCUUUUGAAGUCAGAGUCUCUGUGUUGCCAGGCUGGUGUUGCCAAACCCCUGGUUUCAAGUGAUCCCCCUACCCCGGGCUCCUGAGCAGCUGGGACCACAGGAGCAAGCCACUGUGCCUGUCUUCACUGGGGAGAAUGUUUCUGAGUGGCAUCUGCCUGGCCCUCUAGAUAGCACUAUUUCCUGGCAUGAGGAAGAGAGGGAACAAUGUGGUAUGAGCCAUCAGCGUGUUCCUGCAUUCCCUUCUGGUGCAGCGUGGACUCUGGGAGUCAGCCCAUCCUGAGAUCUUCCUUCCCACUGGGGUUGUAGAACCUGGCAGUAGAGCAGCAGCCCUGCCUGUGCCUGCCAGCUCGGGGAAUCAGGAGUGAGACCCCAGGAGGGACAGAUGAUUAUUUCAUUACCCGAGAGUUGCCUGCUCACCACAGACACGGUGAUUCGAAGCUCUUUAGGGGCGUACAUCACUAAGUGGAAGCCGCCUCCGUCUCCUCUCCUGGCUCUGUGCACGUUUUUAGUCUCACAAAGGCACGCUGGUGAGCAGUCUGUCUGGAAGCCUUACCUGGAUGUUUUACCCAAGUCCUACACCUGCCCUGUUUGUUUGGAGCCAGAAGUGGCGAAUCUUCUUCCUGAACCUUUAAAAACAAAGGCUGAAGAACAGAGAACGUCUGUGCAGGAGUUCUUUGCUUCCUCCAGAGACUUUUUUUCCUCCCUGCAGCCUCUGUUUGAAGAGGCCAUUGACACCGUGUUCAGCUACAGCGCCCUCCUGUGGGCCUGGUGCACAGUCAACACCAGAGCAGUGUACCUGAGGGCCAGGAGGCGGGCCUGCCUUUCAUCAGAGCCCGACACCUGUGCGCUGGCUCCUUACCUGGAUCUGCUGAAUCACAGCCCAAGUGUCCAGGUAAAAGCAGCAUUUAAUGAGGAAACGGGCUGUUACGGAAUUAGAACGGCUUCAAGUUGUAGAAAACACGAAGAAGUGUUUAUCUGCUAUGGCCCUCAUGAUAACCACAGACUGCUGCUGGAGUAUGGAUUUGUUUCCCCCUGCAAUCCUCAUGCUUGUGUUUAUGUCUCGAGAGAAAUACUUGUAAAGUAUCUUCCAUCAGUGGAUAAACAGAUGAACAAAAAGAUUUCCAUUUUAAAGGAGCAUGGCUUUCUGGAAAAUUUGACAUUUGGGUGGGAUGGACCAUCUUGGAGAUUACUCACAGCUCUGAAGUUGUUAUGUCUGGAAGCUGAAAAAUUUGCUUGCUGGACAAAAGUACUUCUCGGAGAAGUAAUUUCAGAUACAAAUGAGAAGACAAGUUUGAACAUAGCACAGAAAAUAUGUUAUUAUCUCUUAGAGGAGACUACUGCUGCACUUCAAAAGGUUUCUCACAUGAAGGAUGAAAAAGUGUCUUUGAUAAACCAGCUCGCUUUGGUGGAAACACUGUGGACGGAAGAGCUGAAGAUUCUGAAGGCCGCUGCUGAGACCCUUCGCAGUUUGCAGACCACACUUGUCUAACUUCCGCUUUGUGCCUUUGGUCACCUCCUAUGGUGGGUGUGACUGAAACUUUUUCAAACCACAGUUGGAAUAAACUGACUUGAUAGAGAAUCA